AUGAACACGUUGAAAGAAUCUACUGACGCGGAACGCGAUCAUAUUGAAAUAGAGAAUGAUUUACGAAGGAAAAAUUUGAAUCCAUCGAAGACCGCCGAUGGGCAAAAUACAUCUGCAGGAACUGGUCAUGAAUUAGACGCUGCGCAGAAUAAUCAAAAUAUCAUUACUCAGGGAUCUUUCGACGUCGUCUCUAGCACUAAAAAACGGCAGUUUGAUGAUUAUCAAAAGGAGCAAGCAAUUGCUUAUAAUAACUCUUCUUCAGUACCUCCUAAAUCUGGCAACUUGGAGACAGAUGAAGGUCUUGCCGCCAUGACUUCCUCGAAUAGUCGACCAUUGGAUGUUAAUGACGCUCUUUCUUAUCUCGAAUUGGUAAAGUAUUAUUUCUCAGAAAAGCGAGAGGUAUACAAUGAAUUUUUGGAAAUUAUGCGCGAUUUUAAGUCCCAAAGUCUGGAUACUCUGGGGGUAAUCGAUCGAGUUGCAACUUUAUUCAAUGGGUAUCCGCAGCUCAUUGAAGGUUUCAACACUUUCCUUCCUUCUGGCUAUAAAAUUGAAGUUCAUACAGAUUCUUCUAACACUAGCGUUGUUCGGAUCGGCACUCCCAUGCACCCACUGAACACAAGUUCAAACGCUCCCUCCAACGUUGCACCUUCCACUAACUAUGUCGAAUUACAACAACCUUCCAUCUCUGAAACUCAGCUUGGAAAAGAAUCUCCAUCUUCUAAUGAUAAUGCAUCCGCAUUACCUUCAAAACCCCAAGUAGAUUUUAAUUAUGCUAUUGCUUACAUGAAUAAAGUUAAGGAAAGGUAUCCACCUAACUCUGAGACAUAUAUGGAAUUUUUAGGUGUUUUACGGACAUACCAAAAAGCUGAAAAGUCCAUUCAUGAAGUUCGUGCUCGUGUAUCCGAAAUCUUCUCAGAUUCCCCGGACCUUUUGGACGAGUUUAAGCUUUUUUUACCAGAUAAUUCUGAACCUACAGAAGUUCAACAAAGUGAAGGUGUUCCGGCGCCUAAUGCAUUACCUCCUGUUGGAAACUUCACCUUACCUUCUGCUGCCCAGGUGCGAGAGCGACGACUGCGCCCAGCACAUUCAGCACAGAUAGGACGAUCUAUCUCAAAAACCUCAAAAAACGUUCGUCAAUAUCACGACGAGUUACCAGCUGCUUAUACAAUCCCUAGUUAUCAACAGAAAACAAGUCCUGUUUCUCAUUAUGCCGCUACUCAAGAGGAAUUAUUGGUUUUCAGUUCUAUAAGACAACAUCUCUCUGAUAAUUUUUCUUUCCAUAAGUUUAUGGAAUUACUGCACCUUUAUAGAGAAAAGUUAAUGGAUAAAACAGACUUACUAAAUUCGUUUUCUAGACUUGUCAAAAACGACAACUUAACGUUGUGGUUUGCAAGCUUCAUUGGAUGGAAUGAUAGUCCGAUAGUAGUGAAAAACAUUCCUAUCGACGACUCUCGUUAUAUUUCCGAAACUUAUGAAUCUGUUGGUUAUUCAUAUCGAAGAAUUCCUCAAGAAAAACAAAAUGAAACUUGUUCUGGUCGGGAUGCUCUGUCGAAUUCAGUUCUUAAUGACGAGUACAUUUUAGUUGCUCCUAAAUUGACUGGUAUAAAAAAUGUCAGGCAUUCUGAAAAUCAAUACUUGCAAGCUUUGCAACUGGUAGAAGACGAACGUUAUGAAUACGACCGAAUACUCUCAAUUAACCAGAGGACUAUAAAGUUAUUGACAGAACUAUGUGAACCUGUUAAUGAUGAAGCCCCCACGAAGUCUGUAAGUAAAGUUUUAGACCGGAAAGUCUUAAUACAAUCAGCUUUGCAAACUGUUUACGGAAAAGAACAUUCGCUGAAAGCAUUUGACGCUCUUGCUAAAAGGCCAAUAAAGGCAGCUCCUGUUUUACUGAAGCGUCUAAAGCUAAAAGAUCAAGAAUGGAGACGUUGUAAAAGAGAAUGGAAUAAGAUUUGGCGUCAAAUUGAACUUAAAAACUCGUCACUAGCAUUGGAUGAACGUUGUUGCAAAAUUGAGGGCAAGGAUCGAAGGGCACUUUCUUACAAUAGGAUUUUAAACGAAAUUGAUGGUAUUUAUCAACGUCAAAAGCAUUGCAUCGGCCAGGCCAUACAAGGGUUCCAAUUUAGCCAAGUAUUAGGUGAUCGGCAAAUUUUCUUGAAUAUCUUAAGGUUAAGUGAUGCACAACUUUCCAACUCAUCGUUUUAUUCUUACGCGGAUAAAGGAAGAAUCAGCGCUGUUCUUAAAGCGUUGCUAUCACAGUUCUUUGGGAUCCCACUUCCUAGAGAAACUUUAGAAAGCGAUCUUUCUUCUGAAAAUAUAGAGUCUGUUCAAAAACAUCGUGAUGGACUGAGCAAGAUUUUUGUACACCCGGAGAGUGCCGAUAACAGCAACACAACCCAAAUGAGCAUUCAGACUGAUGACACCCAGACAGAAGAUGACACCAUGAGUGAUAUUAAUCCGAUGGAUUCCGAUGCUCAAGUAAAAAUGAAGUUGCAAGGAGAAGAAUUGAAAAAUGUAUUUGGAUAUAACUUUUUUGGAAAUGCGACCAUGUACGUGCUGUUUAGAUUGAUUUGCGUUUCUUACUCUCGACUUGAGCAAAUAAAGAAGUAUAUUGAAGCUUCGGAUAUAGCUGAAUCUAUUAAUUACGAUAGCGUACUGGAAACGUGCGAGAAAUAUUUAAAGGGCGCUCUUUCUGGAAAUGAGUUUCACAGUUAUCUUCAAAAACUAAAUAAUGAUGCUUGUUAUAUGAUCAGUUCUAUAGAACGGUUAUUAAAAGUGGUAUUCUAUCGAGUUCAUGAGAUCUUGCUGGAUCCCAAACUUGGUCAACUUUUACUUUUAUUCGAAUCUGAUGGAGCGCAUUCAGUGACAACUGCUCGAGAACAGAUGAUUUAUAGAAAUCAUGUGGAAACCAUUUUGGCGCCCGAUACCAAGGUUUUCAACAUGCGUUGGUAUCCUUUGGAGAAAAAGCUUUGCAUUCAACAAUUGCUCCCAGCUGACCUUACUAUUCAUAAAUUUGAUGAUCCGGCUAAAGAAUUCAUGUAUUAUGUGGAUAGCUAUGCCAUUUCCCAUAUUACGGAAGGUAUUGACUUGAUGCAGGUAAAAAUGCCUUUUUUAAAAAGGUCACUGCAAUUGAUCUCACAGAAGGGAUAUCUCGCUGGCCGAGAGUCUAGCAGUUUGCAUUCACUUUUUAAUGAGCGCUUUUGCAAGUCAAAUUUACAGUUGUUUUUCUCAACAGAUACGUAUAUGAUUUUUUUUGAGUCUAACACAGAAAAUGUUUAUAUCAACUCUUAUAACUUAUGGGUUGGUCAAAGCUCAAAACGCCGCAACCAAAAGAGAACGGCACGUUGGCAAAAAUGGCUUGGACAGCAGCUUGCCGAAAAUACAAGUCAAGAAUUACAAUCCGCUACUUCUUUGGAUCAGGUUCUUCUUUCUCCGUCAUCGUAA